GCAUAACAUACAAUAAAGAAAGAAAGAACGUGGUCGGGCAAGUUCGACAAGACUGGGCUAGUCAAAAAAGUUAAGUAGGCUACUUGCACGUGACGGAGGGUGGUGCUUGUCCGCUAAAGGUACAUGUCCUUUGUAAAUAUGGAGCCAUGCGAUUGCAAGACGAGCAGCGCCUGUACAGCAACUUCCGUAAACUGCGCAGGUGGAACAACCGAGUUGGAAAAUGCGGUAACAGACAUCUCUCCUUACCUCUCCCUCUCCUUUUGCCUAGGUCUAUGGUUAGACUUCAACAGUGUACUGACUGCAGUCCUAACUGUGGUAGGCUACCUCCUCUACAAGUUCUCACAGGCACUCCCAGCACUGAUAAGAUGGCCAAUUCGUCUCUUCUGCACUCUGACUGGUCUGACAGCUUUGUGGAGCUGGGUGAGCCAUCUGGUGGGCACUUUACGCAGCAUACAAAGCCUGUUUAAGUGGCUGUCUCGUAUUUGGAGGUUCUCAGCAGCUGUGAUCUCCAAACUCAUCUCCGUGCCUGCUGUCAUUAAAACCUUCACAGUAAACUUCCGAGAGCAAGCUCCAGACAGAGAUGUCCAAUCACUCAGGUCAGGCAGCCCCAGGGAGCCGGGGGUGAGGCUCAUCCUGCUAGGGCCUCCUGGAGGGGGCCGUACCUCCUUGGCAGACACCCUGCUGGGCUGCAGGCGCCCCCUACCUGAAGGCCAGGCAAGCCCUCUGAUGGAGAGCAGCGGGCGGCAGGCAGUGGUAGAUGGGGGGGUGGUGACGGUAGUGGACACCCCAGACCUAUUUGGCCCCUCCCUGGAUGACAGUAAGAGGGCCCGGGAGGCCCUGCGAAGCCUCCAGCUUAUCAGUCCUGGACCCCAUGCUAUCAUGCUGGUUAUCCAGGCCCCAGGUUCUGGAGGUAGGAUUGAUCAGGAUGCAGCAGAGGCCACCAGGGUCACACUGGAGCUUUUUGGGGAGGGAGCCAGCAGCUACAUCAUAAUGGUCCUCACUCAUGCAGACUGUCUGUUGUCAGGCAGUUCUUUAGCCCAGCUCCUGGAUACUAAUGAAGGGGGUGUCAGGACUGCUCUUUCUCUCUGUGGCCAAAAGGCUGAGCUUGUGGGCAAUGGCCCAGACUGCCCCCUGGUGGCAAGGAGGACAGUGGCAAGGAGGCUGCUGGACAGGGUGGUGGAGAUGAGGGCACUGCGGGGCCACUUCACCCAUGAGCUGCAGAGGAGGGAGGACAGCCUCAGGGAGGAGCUACUGACAGACAUGGCUGCUAAAUUGACUCAGAAAAUUAGAUGUGUAAAUUAAGAUAAAGGGAACCAGAAAGAUGGAUGAGUGGGGGUGAAGAUACUGAGAGAUGAUGUACUUUAUAGGUUCAAGCUGCAAUUUCUGGUGUUAGGGUUAGGUGUCAUUUUGUAGGUUUGCUGAUUGUCUUUGUCCUACAUGUUUUCUCACUAUGCACUGCGUGGAUAUUAUGGUUAUGGGAUGUUUGUCAUGCUGCUGAUUCAAUAAAAUUCCCAUUUUAUUGAUGCCGGAAAAUACAUUAAAGCAUUCAGGGAGCACAGUGUGCACAAUUACAAAAUAAGUUAAAUACAUUGUAUUAGCUCUCUUAUGUAGAAACGUCAUAUAUAAUACGUUGAGGUAUUUUCUAUGUUUCAUGAUGUGGAAAAAGUACUUAAAAUAAAGUUUUACUGGGCUGUAUGCA